GCGUUAUCCCACAAAGUCUCAGGUCAGUUGGGUGUGUGUGGUUUUGCCAUUGGCAAAAGCAAUGUUGAAAAAAGGAGCUGUGGAAAAAGCGUCGGCGGAGUUGUCGAGGUUGUCGCGGCGCAACUGCGCGGACGUAUGUGAGCGCUGAGCCGAUGCUUGAUAUGCGCGUAAUUCCAAUGCAAUGCACGUGUUUAUCAUUUAAAUGUCAGCGCAUGAACGAACAACACAACCCAAGCAUCCGCACCCGAGCAUUCCCGGCAUUACAAAAUCUGUCAGUUCGCUGCAAGAAACACACAAAAUGUUGGCUCAACAGUGGAUUACCGUCGCUCCAUGGCUCCGCAAAGCCAGGCCCUUUGUGCAAUUCAAGAAGCACACCUACUCUUGCUGCUUGGGGAGCGUUCGGUGGAAUUGCGGCUCUUUACUUCCUUGAACCUACGCCACUCGCAAGGACCGACAUUUUCCAAAAUAUCCCCGUCGUUGGUGAAUACUGGAAGGAAAAGCUCGAGGCCGCCCAAAAGAAGGAUUAGACAUCUUGUCGAUUGCUGAGGAAAUAGAAUAAAAUACCACCAUCCCUUAUUGAGAUUACUGCAGGGCCAUGUCUUCUGGAGCCUGUCUGCCGGUGGGGAAUUUGAUUGAUUGCAAGU